AUGAUACGGACCACCUUCCUCCUAUUCCAAUGCUCUGCGGUCCGAAGUGAGAAUCUGAUCGUGCGAUCCACCAGUGGUGUGCCUCGUUAUCGUCUGAUCUCCUACAUCGUACAAAAGACAGAGAGCACGGAUACGAAGGUGAAGGGCUUGGAUAUCCCACCGAACGAGUUUCACAUGCAUGUUCAUCUUGCUUGGGACAAAGCGACACAUCGAAUGUCUACUGUAGUCGUUGAUCCCAGUGAGCGGAUACUAGGCGCAAAUUUGGUCUUACCCUACGACAGCUUGGCCGAUCUUUACGCGCCGGGAAACAUAUCAAAUGUGGUCGAUUUCGCGAUGAAUUGUUACUCGUGGGCUAGACCAAAAGAUGUCAGUCACGAAUCAGCUGGAUCGUUUGUCUCCACCCUACGAGCAUUUAACGGAUUGGAAGUGAAUCAACUACUGAUUCGACAAACCACUGUUCAGUUCCAGAUGCAUUCGAAACCGGGAUCGCAUCACUUUUUGUGGGAAGAUCAAUCGAUAAUGCAUGAUUUCCUGAUCUCACAGAACUACACCAGAGUGGCCUGUGGAAACUCUGAGGACAAUCCGAAUCCGUGUGACUGGCGCCGUGUUGGAAUCCCGGCCGCUAAUGCAAGCACACUAUGCCUUUAUCGUACAACAAAUCCGUCGUGGAAAAAAGUUUCAACCUGA